CCUACCAAACUCAGCUGUCAGCUGUGUCUGCAUCGUAAAGAUGGCAGGAAACAACUCUUACACUAUAGUAGAAUAUUUUGGAGGGGAUGAUGGCUACCGCUGCGGUUACUGCAAAAAUGAUAAGGGAAACUUCUCUCACGGAAUGUGGUCCCAUUCUAUGACUGUACAAGACUACCAAGAUUUAAUCGAUCGGGGAUGGAGAAGAAGUGGAAAAUAUGUUUACAAGCCCAUAAUGAAGAAGACAUGCUGUCCUCAGUAUACAAUCAGGUGUCAUGCACUGAAUUUCCAGCCUUCUAAAUCUCAUAAGAAAAUCUUGAAGAAAAUGAGCAAAUAUAUUUCUAAAGGAGAACUGCCAACAGCACAGGAGGAUGGGGAGCAAAUGGAUUCUGUCUGUGAAGAAACUGGUCCACGGGAACCUGCUAAAGUCUGCCAGUCAGAUUUAAAAGUUGCUGCUAACGCAGAUAUUAAAGAUGAAGUACCAGACUGUUCCGCUGCUGUAGAAGUCCAGAAAAAUUUGGUGGAUUCUACAGCUGCAAGUUCAGAAAAUUCCCAGAAUGAUUCAGCUUUUGUCUCAGAAGGGGGCUCCGAUGCUAAAGCUCCUAAGCCAGGGUUGGGAGCAGAUCCUAGCCGUCCGCCUUGCAGAAAGGCCAAAGAUUUAAGAAAAGAACGUCGUCUUCAGAAAGACCAGAAAAGACAACAUGGUGCUGGAGUCUCGCCAGCAAAGCCUGCCAAUGCUAACCAAUCCAAAACACUGGAGGAUUUCAUCAGCGAGUCUUUAGAGGACAGCUCCUCUGAUCGCCUUGAGGUGAGGCUAGUGCCGGUGAACUUUGAGGACCCCCAGUUCUCUGCAUCGUAUCAACAAUCGGCGGCACUGUACGCCCGCUACCAGAUGGCCAUUCAUGGUGAUGACCCAAGUGAAUGUAGAGAGAGUGAGUUCCGGAGAUUUCUUUGUGAUUCACCACUAGAGGCAGAACGUUCUCCAGAUGGACCGGAGAUGGGAUACGGCUCCUUCCACCAACAGUACUGGCUGGAUGGACGCAUCGUAGCUGUGGGAGUGAUUGACAUCUUGCCGACAUGUGUGUCGUCUGUCUACCUCUACUACCACCCAGACUUUACAUCGCUGUCUUUAGGGUCCUACUCUGCUCUCAGGGAGAUUGCUUUCACAAGGAAACUGCAGAAACAGUCCACCAAGCUGUGCUACUACUAUCUGGGCUUCUACGUUCACUCCUGUCCCAAGAUGCGCUACAAGGGGCAGUAUCGGCCCGCUGACCUCCUCUGCCCAGAAUCCUACACUUGGGUUUCUGUGGAGCAAUGCAUACCGCUGCUCAACAACUCCCGCUAUGCUCGUUUAAAUCAGGACCCUGAUGCAGGAGACUCUCAGGCGGUGAAGGAUGUGGGCAGAGCGUUGGUGCUGCACAAGCGGACCGUCAUGCCCUACAUAGUGUACAGCUGCAAAUUUAAGGGCCGCAGCGACACAGCCGAGGUGCAGGAGUACGCCAGCUUGGUCGGUCAGGACUGCGCGGAAAAGAUCUUACUCUACCGCUCCUGAACAAGGAGCAUUGUCCCACUGCCACCUCUCCCUGGAGAAUCAUUUGUUUUCUUUGUCUCUAAAAGAGCUCCCUGCUGCAGCCUCACUAUGCUUUCUUCAACACAAUCUACUGUGGGCAGGUACCUAAUCAUACAUACAUCCCAAACAAUAAGACUAUCAAUGCAAAGCUCAUUUAAAUCAGAAAGUAGUAUUUUGCUGACAGUAACAAUUUGAUGAUUAUGGCUUACAGCUAAAAACAACUUUUUUAGGACCAUUUUAUUAUACAUAAGACAAAAACAUAUUAGUACAGAUGAUUCUAUUUCUAUAUUCUUUUUUUUUUUUGUUAUUCAUAUGUACAAAUGCAUCACUUUAUCUUUUAUUCACUUGAUAGAAAAAAAUUCACCCAACAAUAUUAAAAACUCAAAGAUGGAUUCAUGCAUUUUCAAGAAAGCCUAAAGGGUCAUUUUGUUUGCCUUUUUUUGGACCCUAGCCAAGUUUAAUAUCAGUGUUUUAACCUGCACCUCUGGUGUUUGAACUGAGCAUGAAUGAAGACAAGAAAACAAACCACUGAAACAAUUAUUUUUAAACAAAACAAAGGUAUAAAAGUUUACAAACUGUGUCAAAGCAUUGUAGAUUUUGAAACAACUCAUCUGAGCUAAUCCAGAUGGCAACAAAAGCAGGGAAUAGCCCUUUAUCAAGUGUGUUGUUUCAGGAUUUGUAAAUAUACAGAUAAAAGAAAACAGAGACUAAAGAAAAUUCUUGAAAAUUUUCAAUUUUGCAUUUUUUUUGUGCUUAAAUUUUGAGAAUGCAAAAGAAACUUGCACGAAAAUUUCAGGCUAGAAAAGUGUUUUAGUAAAAAAAAAAAAAAAAAAGGAAUACUAAAUCCAAGAAUGUUGACCUACUUAAAAUUAAAUCUACGUAUUUUACAAUAUGCAAGCUUAUUAAUUGAUCAAGGUUCCUCUUUCAUAAACUGCAUCAAGGCAUAGGUUGCUUUUUUUCACCACACUUCAUCCUUCCACUCAACUUUCCAUCAUUAUACUGGGUAACAGGAUUCCGAACAUCCAGCUUCUGUUACAAUGACUUUUUGUCUUAUAAAGGAUGUCGUUGAGCCCUGUUUUUUAUGCUGUCGUACUCAAGUGAGGGUGAAAUUUUUCUGAGGUUUUAGUGGUUUUCAUUAGCUGUAGGCCAUAGUCAUCCAAAUGAAUUAAAUUACUGAAUUAAAUGACAUUUUCAGUGAUGAUGGAAUUUAUUGAGAUGUUUUUCUCACUUGCUACAAGAGCGGUCGACGGAAUGUUUUUUUUGUUUGUUUGUUUUUUGUUUUGAGAUAAUAAUCAGCUUGAAUUUUUCUCUUUUAAACCAUCCUUAAAUUUUAUGUUGAAAUGUUUAUGUUUGAAACCAGCAUUGGGUUAGAAACCUGACUCCAGUUUGACUUCACUGCUUCCUUAACGACAUGUUUUGUAUUGAAAGUCAACUGUUUGUCUUCUUUGUUUCACUUUCAUUCAGAAAAGAAACAUUUAUUGUCUCAUAUUAAACUACAGUAAUUUAAUGACUUUUAUGUACGAGGUUACUUUAAACUAUGUUUCUGUUUUAAGUGUAAUUUUCUUUAUAUAGUCUCUCUGUUCUUUUGUUUGUUUAAACCAAAUAAACAGUUUGCAUAC